AUGAGUGGCAGCGGCGGUGGUGGCGGGGGCUCGCUUCCCAGCCGCUUCGCCGACUACUUUGUCAUCUGCGGGCUGGACACCGAGACUGGGCUGGAGCCGGACGAGCUGUCGGCUUUAUGCCAGUACAUACGGGCUUCUAAAGCCAGGGAUGGCACCAGCCCUUUCAUUGCCAGUACAGCAGAAGGAGAAAAUUUUGAGCAGACGCCCCUGAGACGCACAUUCAAAUCUAAGGUUCUUGCCCGAUACCCUGAGAAUGUAGAAUGGAAUCCCUUUGACCAAGAUGCGGUGGGAAUGUUGUGCAUGCCCAAAGGGCUGGCAUUCAAGACGCAGGCCGACCCCCGGAGCCCCCAGUUUCACGCUUUCAUCAUCACCCGUGAGGACGGCUCCCGGACCUUCGGCUUCGCCCUCACCUUUUACGAGGAGGUGACCAGCAAGCAGAUCUGCAGCGCCAUGCAGACCCUGUACCACAUGCACAACGUGGAGUGUGACGUGCUGCGCGUGCCGUCCCCCCACGAGGGCAGCGGCCGGCCCCAGGACUGCUGCGACGGCGCCCCCGGCUCCAAGCUCCAGCGCUUCAACUCGUACGACAUCAGCCGCGACACGCUCUACGUCUCCAAGUGCAUCUGCCUCAUCGCGCCCAUGUCCUUCAUGAAGGCGUGCAGGCGGGCGCUGGAGCAGCUGCACCAGGCCGUCACGUCCCCCCAGCCCCCGCCGCUGCCCCUCGAGAGCUACAUCUACAACAUCCUCUACGAGGUGCCCCUCCCUCCCCCAGGCAGGUCCCUGAAGUUCUCGGGGGUCUACGGACCCAUCAUCUGCCAGAGGCCGAGCACCAGCGAGCUGCCGCUCUUCGACUUCCCCGUCAGGGAGGUCUUUGAAUUGCUUGGGGUGGAGAACGUUCUGCAGCUUUUCACUUGUGCCCUGUUGGAGUUUCAAAUCCUGCUCUACUCACAGCAUUACCAGAGACUGAUGACUGUGGCAGAGACGAUCACGGCGCUCAUGUUUCCCUUCCAGUGGCAGCAUGUCUAUGUCCCCAUUCUUCCUGCCUCUCUCCUGCACUUCUUAGAUGCUCCUGUUCCGUACCUGAUGGGCUUGCAUUCCAAUGGCCUGGAUGAUCGCUCCAAACUGGAGUUGCCUCAGGAGGCCAAUCUCUGCUUCGUGGAUAUUGACAACCAUUUCAUUGAGUUGCCUGAGGACCUUCCUCAGUUUCCCAACAAGCUAGAAUUUGUUCAGGAGAUCUCUGAGAUUCUCAUGGCCUUUGGGAUUCCUCCGGAGGGGAACUUGCACUGCAGUGAGAGCGCCUCCAAACUUAAGAGCCUCAGGGCCUGUGACAUUGCCUCUGACAAACGGAAUGGGAACAUUGCCAGCUCACCUCUGCAUACGUAUGAACUCCUCAAGGAGAAUGAGACCAUCGCCAGGCUGCAAGCUCUGGUCCAAAGGACUGGGGUGAGCUUGGAAAAGCUGGACAUGCGUGAAGAGAGCAGCAGCAAUAAGGAUCUCAAAGUUCAGUGUGAAGAAGAGGAGCUCAGGGUUUACCAGUUGAACAUCCAGAUCCGGGAAGUCUUUGCCAACCGUUUCACCCAGAUGUUCGCUGACUAUGAAGUGUUUGUUAUUCAGCCCAGCCAGGAUAAGGAGUCCUGGUUCACUAACAGAGAACAGAUGCAGAACUUCGAUAAAGCCUCUUUUUUAUCAGACCAACCUGAGCCCUACCUGCCCUUCCUCUCAAGAUUCCUGGAGACCCAGAUGUUUGCAUCCUUUGUCGACAAUAAGAUCAUGUGCCAUGAUGACGACGACAAAGACCCUAUUCUGAGGGUGUUUGAUGCUCGAGUGGACAAAAUAAGGUUAUUGAACGUGAGGACGCCUACUCUGCGAACAUCCAUGUAUCAGAAGUGCACUACUGUGGACGAAGCAGAGAAGGCGAUUGAGCUGAGGCUGGCGAAGAUCGACCACACUGCUAUUCAUCCCCACUUACUGGACAUGAAGAUCGGGCAGGGGAAAUACGAACCGGGAUUCUUCCCCAAAUUGCAGGCUGACGUGCUCUCAACUGGGCCAGUCAGCAACAAGUGGACAAAGAGGAACGCACCUGCCCAGUGGAGGCGGAAGGAUAGACAGAAGCAGCACACAGAGCACCUACGCCUAGAUAAUGACCAGAGGGAGAAGUACAUCCAAGAAGCCAGGAACAUGGGCAGCACCAUCCGGCAGCCCAAGCUGUCCAACCUCUCCCCCUCGGUGAUUGCGCAGACCAACUGGAAGUUUGUGGAGGGCUUGUUGAAGGAGUGUCGCAAUAAGACCAAGAGGAUGCUGGUGGAGAAGAUGGGCCGAGAGGCUGUGGAGCUGGGGCACGGGGAAGUCAACAUCACCGGUGUGGAGGAGAACACCUUGAUCGCUAGCCUCUGUGAUCUCCUGGAAAGGAUCUGGAGCCACGGGCUGCAGGUCAAACAGGGGAAGUCAGCCUUGUGGUCACACCUAUUGCAUUAUCAGGAAAAUCGACAAAGAAAGCUGACGUCAGGAAGCUUGAGUACCUCAGGCAUACUCUUGGAUUCAGAACGGAGGAAAUCGGAUGCAAGCUCCGCCAUGCCUCCCCUAAGGAUCUCCCUCAUCCAGGAUAUGAGGCACAUCCAGAACAUCGGGGAGAUCAAAACUGAUGUUGGCAAGGCCAGGGCAUGGGUUCGGCUGAGCAUGGAGAAGAAGUUGCUUUCCCGGCACCUGAAGCAGCUGCUUUCAGAUCAUGAACUCACCAAGAAGUUGUACAAACGCUAUGCUUUCCUGCGCUGCGAUGACGAGAAGGAACAAUUCCUCUAUCAUCUCUUGUCCUUCAACGCCGUGGACUAUUUUUGCUUCACCAAUGUCUUCACGACAAUCAUGAUCCCGUACCACAUCCUGAUUGUUCCUAGCAAGAAGCUGGGCGGCUCCAUGUUCACGGCCAACCCUUGGAUCUGCAUUUCAGGAGAGCUGGGGGAGACGCAGAUCCUUCAGGUCCCCCGGAACGUCUUGGAGAUGACCUUUGAGUACCAGAACCUGGGGAAGCUCACCACUGUCCAGAUCGGCCACGAUAACUCGGGGUUGUAUGCCAAGUGGCUGGUGGAGCACGUGAUGGUCCGAAAUGAGAUCACAGGACACACCUAUAAGUUCCCCUGUGGCCGGUGGCUGGGGAAGGGGAUGGAUGAUGGGAGCCUGGAGAGGAUUCUGGUCGGAGAGCUGCUCACCUGUCACCCAGAAGCAGAUGAGAGGCAGUGCCGAACGCCCCCUUUGCAGCAGUCACCCAGCAUGAUCCGGAGGCUCGUCACCAUCUCUCCCAGUAACAAGCCGAAGCUAAACACAGGACAGAUCCAGGAGUCCAUUGGGGAGGCUGUCAAUGGCAUCGUCAAGCAUUUCCACAAGCCAGAGAAAGAGCGAGGCAGCCUAACGCUCCUGCUCUGUGGCGAGUGUGGCCUUGUGUCUGCCCUGGAGCAAGUCUUUCAGCAUGGAUUUAAAUCACCUCGACUCUUCAAAAACGUCUUCAUUUGGGAUUUUCUGGAAAAAGCACAAACGUACUACGAGACCCUCGAACAGAGCGACCUCGUCCCUGAGGAGAACUGGCAGACGAGGGCCAGAAACUUCUGCCGCUUUGUCACGGCCAUCAACAACACCCCCCGCAACAUUGGCAAAGACGGCAAGUUCCAGAUGUUGGUGUGUCUGGGAGCCAGAGAUCACCUGUUGCACCACUGGAUUGCCUUGCUCGCCGACUGUCCCAUCACGGCACAGAUGUACGAAGACGUGGCGCUCCUCAAGGACCACACGCUCGUGAAUUCCUUGAUCCGAGUACUACAGACUUUGCAGGAGUUCAACAUCACGCUGGAGACGUCCCUUGUCAAAGGGAUCGAUAUCUGACCCCGUCCUAGGGCGAGGGGUCAUCCUUGGGAGCCGCGGGAAUGCCGGGGCCCGGCCGCAGGGACCCAGCCCCCUGCGAGGAACUCGGACUUUGCAUCCUGAAAGAGACUCCCCGCACAGUGCAGGAAACGGAUAGGAGGUGUAAACUCGAUGUAAAAAAGAAAAAAAAGAAAAAAAAAGAGGAUUUUGGAAUAAAUAAUCUAUUUUAGAGUCUAUUUGCAGAAUUGCUUUCACACUUUCAUGUGAAAGAGAAUGAAGGGAGAGAUGAGUCUUGAGCAGCUUAUUUUCAAGCUGUGGUAUUUUCCAUACGUCCGGUGACCCUUUGGGCGUCCUUAGAACUUGGCCUUCGAUGGUCCGAAAACUCGGUGGCCGCAUCCCAUUGCUGGUACUCGUGAGGACGUUUUACCUUCUGGUCCUGGCUCUGCCACGGACUGGUCGUGUGACCCUGGCCAUUUCCUCUGUCUGGGCCUCAGUUUCUUCAUCUGUCAAAUGAGGGGCUGGUCCAGAUGAUCUCUAAGGUCCCCCCCCAGCCCUGACAUCCCGUGAUUCUGUGAUUCUCUUGUUUUCUAUAUUCACACCAUCACCAACGUGUGCUUGGAUGGAGCCCCACUCCCGGCGAGCUGGCCGGGGAAGCGCCCCGGGCCCCGCUGGGUUUUGUUUUCAGUCACCUCAGCCCCCCUUUUCCUUUCCUUUUGGUUGUCAGUAUUAUUUGAGGAGGAAGAAAAGCUCAGACCCAGGUCUGGGGACAGAGCGCGGAGCAGAGCUUCUCCUGGCCCGCCGCAGCGCCUGCUCAGGAGGAAACCGAGUGUGGCUUUGGACCGCCGUGUCGUUGUGUCUAGUUUUUAAUUUUAUUUAUUUAACCUUCCAUUGUGUGUUUUGUAAGUCUUUUUUUUUUUUUUUAAUUUUUUAAAGAGGUGAGGCCUCUUACAGUCUAACUGCUCUGUUAGCGUUGAUUAGCGGCUGUGCCAUUUCUGUUGUUUUGGGCAGUUUUAGAAACCAGUGGUCAUACAGCCCACAUCAAUAAAACACCUGGAAACUAAA